UUCUUCUAAAAAUCUUAAUUUGUGUUCUGCGGAAAAAAGAAAGUCAUCCACAUCUGGAGUGGCAUGAGGGUGAGUAAAUUAUUAGGGGAUUAAAAUUUUUGGCGGAACUACAUUACAAGGCGGAACUACAUUACAGUUUAUUGUAGUUUCCGGACGGAAUUAACAGUCGCACUCGUUACAUGACCGGAGAAAAUCAUGCUCUGAUGUAAGGAAACUUCAAGAUGUCAGCUGCAGGACAACGAGUCUGCUCUAAUUUUUCCAGAUAUGCUUUAUAUCACCAUAUUUUCACCAACACAAGACAGAGCACUUUAAGAUCAUGUGCCACAAGGACGCUGUCCAUGACAUCACAGCUUUACGCAAAGUCCAGAAAACCUCCGGAUGGCGAUGAAGAAACUUCUAAACCCAUCAAGUUCUCCACCAGCAAGGCCAGCCACCAAACCUGGAACGUGGACCGCUCGCUGGGCAGCACUUACCAGCGGCCCUGGUGGAAAGUGUUACCCAUCAGCAUAUUUGGAGUGGGCUUCCUCUUCUGGUGCAUCUUCAGGAAGGAGUCAAAGAUAGACGACUCUCUGGAGAAACAUCUGUAUGAACAUUUACCAGGACUGCUGUCAGAUGAAGAGGAAGAAACUGUCAAAAGUAAACCAUGACAGUGGCUUAAAAAGGGACAUCUAUUUGGAAUGUUUAUUUAUUGUUUAGUGAUGCCUUCAGAAAUAAAAUGGUAGCCAUUUUCUCUAUACUGCAACUGAUUUAAAGUAUUCUAUUAACUGUCCAGACAGAACUCCAGAUCAAGCUGAAUAAAAAGGCUUGAACUGCACAUGUAAUAGAUUGUCAAUUAAAUAAUCCCUGACUCAGACAUGCCUAAAAAGGUAGACAAGAAACAAAAUGUUAGUCUUAGAUUUACACAAUUUAAUGGAAAAGAAAUUGAAAUAUGGUAAAUGUAAAUAUAGUUCAUUGCAUUGAGGACCAAAUGAUUAAAUUGAAAUGUGCAAAUCAAAAAAAAAAAAAAAGUUUGCAAGAUGGAGACCGAUAAUAAAUGGACUGAAUUCCAA